ACCAGCCCGUACAAACUAGAGCAAAUCACAUAGCUUUCAAAGCUCUUCCCCCCUUCCCCCUCACACUUUCUACAAUAGCCAUAGAGAGAGAGUUUCUAGAAACAAAGAGAAUUAAUGGCUGCCUUACUUGUGAUCCUGGGGGCCUUUUGGGGCCUAUGCAUCUUGAGUAUUGCUUUACUGAGAUGGAAUGAGGUCAGGUACAGGAAGAAAGGAUUGCCUCCUGGCACCAUGGGGUGGCCAGUUUUUGGGGAGACUACGGAGUUUCUAAAGCAAGGUCCAGGCUUCAUGAAAAGCCAGAGAUCAAGGUUUGGAAGCUUCUUCAAAUCGCAUAUACUGGGAUGUCCCACCAUUGUUUCAAUGGAUCCAGAGCUUAACAGGUACAUCCUGGUGAAUGAAGCUAAAGGCCUUGUCCCUGGUUAUCCCCAGUCAAUGUUGGACAUCUUAGGGAAAUGCAAUAUUGCAGCUGUCCAUGGCUCUGCCCACAAGCAUAUGAGAGGAGCAUUGCUUUCUCUCAUCAGCCCUUCCAUGAUUAAGGAUCAACUCCUGCCAAAAAUCGAUGAUUUCAUGAGAUCCCAUCUCAGUAAAUGGGAUAACCAAAUUGUGGACAUUCAGGAGAAAACUAAAGAGAUGGCCUUCCUAUCAUCUCUAAGGCAAAUAGCAAGCAAUGAAGCUGGUGGUAUAUCUCAAGCAUUCAUGCCUGAUUUCUUCAAACUGGUGUUAGGGACUAUUUCACUCCCCAUCAAUCUUCCCAACACAAACUAUCGUCAAGGACUUCAGGCAAGACAGAACAUUACAACCUUCUUGAGACAACUGAUAGAAGAAAGAAGAUCAUCAGGUGAAAAUCAACAGGACAUGCUUGGUUACCUAGUGGGUGGAGAAAAUAAAUACAAGCUAUGCGACGAGGAGAUGAUUGACCUAAUCAUCACAAUUCUCUACUCUGGAUAUGAGACUGUGUCAACUACUUCUAUGAUGGCAGUCAAGUAUCUUCAUGAUCAUCCAAAAGUACUCGAAGAAUUGAGAAAGGAACAUAUAGCAAUAAGAGAAAGAAAAGGACCUGAGGAUCCUAUAGAUUACAAUGACUACAAAUCCAUGCGCUUCACACGUGCGGUCAUAUAUGAGACAUCAAGACUAGCCACAAUAGUGAAUGGAGUUCUGAGGAAAACAACUAGAGAUAUGGAAAUAAAUGGAUACACCAUUCCUAAAGGGUGGAGGAUAUACGUCUACACGCGAGAAGUUAACUAUGAUCCACAUCUCUAUCCUGAUCCCCUAGCCUUCAAUCCAUGGAGAUGGCUGGAUAAAGGCCUAGAACAUCAACACCAGUUCCUGAUUUUCGGAGGAGGCACCAGGCAAUGCCCCGGGAAAGAACUAGGACUGGCCGAGAUUUCCACAUUCCUUCAUUAUUUUGUGACCAAAUACACAUGGAAGGAAGUCGGUGGAGACAAGCUUAUGAAAUUUCCGAGAGUUGAAGCGCCAAACGGGCUUCGCAUUAGGGUUUCUGCACGCUAACACCCAAAAUAACAAUGUACAGAGUGAGGCAACCAAAUUGACCCAGCGGAUCAGAGUAGAUUUUUCGGAUGUACAAAAAUUUUCGGCUAACACGAGCAUUAGAGAAAUUCAGAAACCGUUUAGCACAACAAAAUUA